UCUCUAUUUGAAUAAAGCAAUAGAUGUUACCUAUAUUGUUACUAAACGUCAUUUCAAAUGUGAGAAAAUAACAAAGAUGGCUGAAGAACAGGAGGUGAUUCAGAUAGAGCUGCUGUGCAAACAGCUGUAUGAGUCCCAGGAUCCGGUGCUCAGGGACCAGGUGGAGAAGGCGGUGGUCGCUUUUCAGGAGUCACCGGACACGCUGAGCAAAUGCCAAGCUCUCCUGGAGCGCGCCGACUCGAGCUACUCACAGCUCCUCGCCGCCACUACACUCGCCAAGCUGAUUAGCAAAUCCACAGCAAGUUUGUCGACACAGCAGCGAUUGGACAUACGGAACUAUGUGCUCAACUACCUCGCCACUAGACCCAAGCUGGCUAAUUUUGUCGUUCAGGCGCUGGUCACUCUGUUCGCAAGGAUCACCAAACUCAGCUGGUUCGACACCGUCAAGGAUGAGUUUGAAUUUCAAAAUGUUAUUAACGACAUCUCCAGUUUCCUCAGGGGUCAGGACCUGUGCACGGUGGGCGUGCAGCUGUUGUCGCAGCUGGUGGUGGAGAUGAACCAGGUGUCGGAGGCGGACGCUAACCGCUCGCUCGCCAAACACAGGAAGAUCGCAUCCUCUUUCAGAGACACGCAGCUGUUCGAGAUGUUCCGGCUGUCGUGCUCGCUGCUGGGCGCGAUGCGCGGGAAGCCGCUGGAGCUGGCGGACGAGCGCCAGCACGCGCUGGUGGCGGCGCUGCUCAAGCUGGCGCACAACUGCCUCACCUUCGACUUCAUCGGCACCACCAGCGACGAGUCCUCCGACGACCUCUGCACCGUGCAGAUCCCGACGUCGUGGCGGCCGACGUUCCUGGAGCCGGCGACGCUGGAGCUGUUCUUCGAGCUGUACCACCUGCUGGGCGGGUCGCUGGCGAGCCUGGCGCUGGCGUGCUUCGUGCAGCUGGCGUCGGUGCGCCGCUCCCUCUUCAGCAACAACGAGCGCGCCAAGUUCCUCAACCGCCUCGCCGCCGGCGUGCUGCGCAUACUAGAGAGCAUGCAGGGCCUGUCGGACCCGGCGAACUACCACGAGUUCUGCCGGCUACUGGCGCGGCUCAAGUCCAACUACCAGCUGGGAGAGCUGGUGAUGGUGGACAACUACCCGCGCCUCAUCGAACUCAUCGCCAAGUUCACCGUGCAGAGCUUGCAGAUCUGGCAGUUCUCCCCGAACUCGGUGCACUACCUGCUGUCGCUGUGGCAGCGCAUGGUGGCGUCGGUGCCGUACGUGAAGGCCACGGAGCCGCACCUGCUGGAGACUUACGCGCCCGGUGUCGCCGCCGCCUACAUCGGCUCCAGGCUCGACUCCGUCUCCUGUGUCGUCAGGGAGGGCCUGGAGGAUCCUCUGGACGACGUGGGCACGGUGCAGCAGCAGCUGGAGCAGCUGUCGGUGAUCGGGCGCUGCGAGUACGGCAAGACGUGCCAGCUGCUCGUCGCGCACUUCGACCGCGCCGCCGCCGCCUACAGCGUCGAGGCGCAGCCGCAGCAGAUACGCGUGCUGCAGGGUCAGCUGACGUGGUUGGUGUACAUAAUAGGCGCGGCGAUCGGCGGCCGCGCGUCCGUCAACACGUGCGACGAGAAUGACGCGAUGGACGGCGAGCUUGUGUGCCGCGUGCUGCAGCUCAUGGACCUCACCGACUCCAGGCUCUCCAGGGGCGGUUGUGAAAAGCUGGAGCUGGCGAUGAUCUCGUUCUUCGAGCAGUUCCGCAAGAUCUACCUCGGCGAACAGGUGCAGAAGAACAGCAAGGUGUACCGGCGCCUGAGCGAGGUGCUCGGCCUCAACGACGAGAGCCAGCUGCUCAGCGUACUCAUGAGGAAGAUCAUAACAAAUCUGAAAUACUGGGGCGGUUCGGAGCAGAUCAUAGUGAAGACGCUCGGGCUGCUGAGCGACCUGAGCGGCGGCUACUCGUGCGUCCGGAAACUGGUCAAGCUCGAGGAGGUGCAGUUCAUGCUCACACACCACACGGCGGAGCACUUCCCGUUCCUGGGCAUCUCGGGCGUGGGCGCGGCCGAGAUGCGCUGCCGCAGCAUGCUGUACACGGCGCUCGGCCGCCUGCUCAUGGUCGACCUCGGCGAGGACGAGGAGCGCUUCCACGCAUUCAUGAUGCCGCUCACCGCGGCAUUCGAGAGCAUAGUCGGGUUGUUGGGCCCGCCGGAGAGUCCGAUGUUCGCGUCGGAGGACGCCAAGAAGACACUCAUAGGGCUGGCGAGGGAUCUGCGGGGGUUGGCGUUCGCGUUCAACACCAAAACAACAUACAUCAUGCUUUUCGACUGGAUUUACCCGGUGUACCUGAAGGUGUUGCUGCGCGGCGUGGAGGUGUGGUUCGCGGAGCCGGCGCUGUCGACGCCGGUGCUGAAGCUCACGGCCGAGCUCGCGCAGAACCGCAACCAGCGUCUGCAGUUCGACGUCAGCUCGCCCAACGGCAUCCUGCUCUUCCGCGAGCUCUCCAACAUCAUCUGCGCAUACGGUAGUCGAAUACUGUCAAUAGAUGUGGACAAAAAGCAGCUGUACCCGAUGAAGUUGAAGGGCAUAUCCAUCUGCUUCUCAAUACUGAAGGCGGCACUUUGCGGGAACUACGCAAAUUUUGGCGUGUUCAGGCUGUACGGCGACAAGGCGCUCGACAACGCACUCAAUAUGUUCGUGAAGUUACUGCUCAGCAUACCACAGAGUGAUUUAUUGGACUACCCGAAGCUGUCGCAGACGUACUACGUGUUGCUGGAGCGGCUCGCGCAGGACCACAUGCCCUUCCUCGCCUCGCUGCAGCCCGACGCCACGCUCUACAUACUCGGAUCCAUUUCAGAGGGACUCACGGCAUUGGACACAAGCGUGUGUACGGGAUGCUGCGCGACACUCGACCACAUAGUCACAUAUUUAUUUAAACAAUUAGUACAGAAAACGAGUAAUAAAGUGUCGAACCCGCGCCAGCCGCCGCCCGAGACGAGCAACAUGUUCAUCGAGGUGCUGCAGCGGCGGCCCGAGAUCAUGCAGCAGUUACUCGCCACGGUUCUGAACGUGAUAAUGUUCGAGGAGUGCUGCAACCAGUGGUCGAUGUCGCGGCCGCUGCUGGGGCUGAUCCUGCUGAACGAGGAGCAGUUCUCGCGCAUCCGCGCGGCGCUGCUCGCGCGCCAGCCCGCCGACAAGCAGGCGCAGCUCGCGCACUGGUUCCAGGGACUCAUGGCCGGCAUCGAGCCCAACCUGCUCACCAAGAACCGCGACAGGUUCACGCAGAACCUGUCAAUAUUCCGGCGGGACAUCAACGACCUGCUGAAGGGCGCGGCGGUGAACACGGGCGCCUCCGUCAACGACAUGAUGACGUCGUAAUGUGCGCCUCUGCGAGCUACAAAGGAACUCCCCUUGCACAGCCACAGUCCAUUACGCUGGCUUGUAGCUGCCUGGCGAUGGUUGCCAAAUUUAUGUACUUUUAAAUGUGGUAGAUAUUUACAGUCAAGUAUGGGUUAAAUAAAAUUGGGAAAGCGAGUAUACCUAUUUAUUCCCAGUAAUAACCGCUGGCAUAAGUAUAAGGUAUUUGGACGCAUGACGGCGUCGGUUUUACAUUUUGAAGUAGACUGGUGGCCGUCAGUACGCCAUCCAGCGUAAUGGACUGCGACCCGAACCGGUGCGCAAGGGGUCCGUGCGGGACGGACGUGGCGAUGUAAAUACUGUCAAACGUUAGGCCCGCGACAGUGGGACCGUAUCUCUGACAAACAUUUGUUCCAGUGUUGGAUCAAAGUGUGGAAGAACAUUUUUAUGUUACGUGAUCGUAGAUGAUUUUAGUGUAUGUAAGUUAAAUAAUAUUAAUCUGUCCACGCGGCUCUGUCUAUCCCGAAACGCGUUUUAGUUUCGGGUGUAUUCCUACUAUUUUGUGUGUACAACUGUUUCUGACGCGACGCGGCGCCGUAGCUCGACAACGUUAUAUAAUAACGCACACGUAGCAACAACAUAAUAUUGUAGUGAACCCUCCUUCAAUUUGGGUGUCGACAAGUAAAACGAGGCUGAUUUGUGUUACCGCUAUACCAAGAAAACAAUUUGCAGCUGACAGUAGUAAUUUCAGUCUCAAUUUGUUCUUGACACCAUUCCAAAAUUACGAUAAAUACAUACAGCUCUGGCUAGACCACUAUCAUUCCCACUGGCGUUGUCGGGUUACUGCGCUGCCCUUCAUCGCGGUGUUACUUCGGUACUUCAGCGAGGCAUUGGAGAGAGAAAAGGACGGACAUACAGAGAGCUGUGUGUGUGAGAGGGACGGAGAAUAAAGCAAUACACAAUACACUACGGGGAGCUGGUUGUGGGCGGAUCAGCGGUAUGGCUCAUUUGCAAUGAUCGGGCUGCCUACAGAUAUUUCCCACGACGGACAAAACCUUGUGAAGCGGAAAUAUAUGGGUAAAAUGAUCGGGUGUAUAAUAUAGUACAUUACACUAAGUGUAAUUAAUUAAAUAUUAAUGAAUGAACGCUCAAACUAAAAACAAAUGGCAUAGUUAGUGACAUAUAGUUUUGUUUGUUGGUGGUUUUGUCCGAGGAAUUCGCGAAUAGAUUCCUAGUGUUACAUUUUAUUCAAAGAUUAUUAUUAGAGCAGUGAAUAUUAAUGAAAUUGUCUGUUUGCCUCUAUGGUUCAACCGGCCUGCCCAUGAUGUGCGUAAUUACGCGUACAUUACAAUGAAUUUAUAAAUAUAUUUAUACUUAUCAAACAGAUACAGUGAAUUGUUUAAUUAACGUGUGGGUUCACAACUAGUCUAUAUGAAGCUGUGUCAACGUUGCAGGCGCUAGGAGUUAGCAACUAUAUUAUAUUUUGGGCCAACUGUUUAGACGUCACACUAGUCGUGGACUGAUCCCUCAGAACAAUAGCAAGCAUAGGAGCCUAAAUUAUAUUAUACUAUUUUUUCAAAUAGGCCAAAAACGGCCAAAAGAACGAGACGAUUGAUUAUGAUGCCGAAUUAAAAAGCAAAUUAAUGUCAAAUGUUACAACUUGUCAACGCGCAAACACAAUUUAGUUACGUUAUACUUGUGUUAGAAGGAAUCGCAACACAAUUAAAUUUCUUGCUGUCAAAAACGGUUUACACUCAAAUAUAAUAGUAUUACUUCCAUGCUUGUUAUUGUUCUGAGACUGAUUCAUUCCGCACUGACUUCUAUGACAUAAUCCUGUGAGGCUGUCUAUAGUCCCAAAUUAAUAAACAAAUCAGAUAGUUAUAUCAUAUGGAAAAUCAAUCUAAAUAAUAUCGCUGCGUUGCGCAUUAACCGACGAUUGGACCAUUUCCGCGAUCGAUCUGGAGAUAUCGGUAAAGAUCGUUUAUUUAUUUCGAUUAUAAAUAAAAUUACUGUGUAUAAAAAAAAUUACCCAAGAAGUACAGUCGGCCAUAAAAAUUGAACAAAUUGUAAAUUUUAGGUAGCUUUUAUAAUUUUAUGCCCUGAAAUAAUUUCUUCCUAAUUCAACUACUGUACUGUAGAAAAAUAUAUAUUUAUAUCAUAUUCGUAUAGAUGAUUUGAAGUUUUAAAUAUGUUCAGCGACUUUUAUUGCCGACUGUAACUUUUAGGUAUUGCCAUUGAUUUUUCUUCAGAUUUAGAUAGUUUGAAAAACACAAUCUGGAUAAGAGGCCGCCAUUAUAUUAAUGAAGCAGUUGGUUUCUUGCUGUCGACAAUGAAAUAUAACACUACAUUAAUAUUUCGGUAAUAUCUUUAGGGGUUCAAGCGAGACUUGAUCCGACAGACCACGUGACACGAGUCACCUCAUUCGACAGUAUUUUAAUAGUAAUGUAUUUGAAUUAUAAGACAUUGUGAUUUUACAUUCAUGGCAGCGGAUGUGAACGAUUUUACAUUUUAUGUAAUAGAUAAUAAUUUUGUUUAAUGAUAAUAAUUUUUGUUAAAUUUAAUGUGUAAAAUGUACUGUUUGUUGAUUUAUGUAUAUAAAUAACUAUGGUAUGCAUAUUGUUAUAGAAUAUAUGUGUUGUGUAAGUAUGUGGAGUGUCGGCCACCGGCGACCGGCGCGGCUCUAAUGUGAUAUCGUACGGCGAGAGACCCCUCUCUCGCCCCAAUUCACCACUCCGCGAUCUCAUCUGACCGGACCCGCCCGCGUAAAACCAACCUUAUUGUAAUGCGUAUUAAGUGCAUUUGCAGGCGUCCCAGUUGCAGCCAUCGGUGUCGUUACAGCAACGUGGGGUUCAUUACAACGCUCUGGACUUGUUCAGUAACAUACCAUACAGAUAAAGCUAGUGUUAAGGUCCUGCUCUAAAUAAAUACAGUUUUUAAUCAAGCCAUCACUGCACCCUUUAAACGGAAUCUUAGGCUUUAAAUAAGGUAUAUACCAAUGAGAAUGUUUAAUCAUGAAGAUUUAAAUAAAUUGUAAAGAUCUCCCGCCCUGAUAGUCAGUGUGAAUUAAACGGCUUUACUCCCUUAGAACGUAGUCGCGACCAACACGUGACCCUCGCGUUAGUCUCGGCCAAUUAUUCAUCAUAUUAUACGACAUGGACCUUCUUAAGUUUUUUAUGCCACAUUCUAAGGGACGGGAAGGGAAGGGUACUGUCCCGUUUCGGGAUUAGUACGACGAUGCCGUCGCCGCGUCGCUGUGCCCUGUGUACACAACGUGCGUCGGCGCGGCGACAGUGUUGUAUACACGAGCCCUUAUAGUUGCGUCACCAAUGGCUGCGGCUGGCUAGCACAGUACGAGAGCCGCAGUGACGGACGGACGCCGCUCGCCCCCCCACACCACUCCGCGAACAGGAACACACAGCUCCUAGUGUAAAUAUAAUGCCAUUUGUACAAACGUU